CUUUAUAACAAGCCGAAUCGGUCCUAGUGGUUUGCAACUUAUCUCCGGUCAUCAAACUAUAGCAUUAGUUAAAUUUUCAAAUUUUGUAUUGACAGGUAGCAAAAUACUAAAUCCCUCGCAAUUGUUGAACAACAUCCAAAUUGCGCUCACACUCACGCUCACGCUCAACAUUUGCUCAUCUCAACAAUUAACCAUACUAAACCGGUAAUGACAACUACGUCUACGAACUCAAACGUGCCGCCGUCUGACAUAUCCAUUCCAAACUCGGAUAUAAAGGAGACUAUAGAUAAAACUUCAGGGUAUGUAGUAAAGAAUGGAUCUAGUUUUGAAGAUCGGUUGAGAGCCAACAAUAAAGAUGGAAAGUUUGACUUUCUCGAUGCUCAUCACCAAUACUACGCUUACUAUAAAUGGAAAGUGCUGGUGUUGGAGAAUGGGAGUGUUAAAGUGAAACUGAAUGGGCAUCUAACAACUGAUAAUAAUAAUAAUAAUAAUAAUCAUCAUCCAGUGGAGCCGGAAACUGUUCUAGUGCCUCCUCGUGAAUUGCCUUUCUUAGUAGAUCUACCGAUGAUAUCACCAGUUGAUUUAGAUGUCAUAAAACUCACAGCAUUAUUUGUAGCUAGAAAUGGCGAUGAAUAUGCCACUAAAUUGAAAGACCAUGAAAUUGGACAAGGUAAUAAGAACCAAUUUGAAUUUCUUAAUCAACUGCAUUCAUUACAUGUCUUGUAUCAAAAGUAUAUUGAUCAAUAUAAACUACUCAUUAAAUUCUAUGAGGAUAAUAAUGAUAACGAUAAUGAUGAACAAGUAGCCAAUAUCAACCAACAAUUGAAGAAUGCAAAUAACAUCAUAGAUAUAGCAUUUGAUAGAUCACAAUAUGAACUACAACAUAAGGUUAUUGAAAAGGAGAAGAAGGAAAAAGAACGACAAUUACAAAUUCAAUUUGCAUCUAUAGAUUGGCAAGAUUUCUCCAUAGUGGGGAAGAUUGAGUUUGAUGCAAUCGAUGAAGUGUCAGAAUUACCAGUUCCUUUAACUCGUGAAGAUUUAAUCUAUAGAUCGUUAGAGUCUAAGAAUACCGAUGUAAUUAAAUCAAGUAAAGUAGAAGAAGAUAUUGUUGAAGUUACACCAGUUACUGAAGAAGUUAGUAAUAUACCUCAAGCAUUUAAAGGUAUGAAGAUUAAAGCAGCUGGAGAAAGUAGAUUAAAAUCAUGGUCUAAUAUCAAAUCAUCAUCACCAUCAACUGAAAGACUUAUUAAAUGUCCAAUCACUAAUAAAUUAAUACCAGAACUGAAAUUUGAUAAUCAUCUUCGAAUUUUACUACGUGAUCCAAGAUAUAAACAAGAACAAGAUAAUUAUGUUCGAAAGAAUUUUACUUAUGCAUCUAAUAUAACUACUGAUCAAGUAUUUGAGAAUAUUCAGAGAUUAGUUAAAAAACGUCAAGGAACUGAAGUUGAUAAUGAUGAAAAUGAUAAUGAGAGUAAUGAAAGGAAAAGAGUCCAAAUUGGACCACGUAAAUAAUUAAUAGUUAUA